AUGCGUUUCGUUGCGAGCUUCGUUGCGAUUAGCGUUCUCCUUGGAACUAUCGCGGCAACAGCGAUUCCACCUCGUCCCGACCACCGACAAGCAGUCAUUGACGCCGACUAUUCCCUUGCAUCAACCAUCAGAGACACUCUAGUCGCAAACGACGUGAUCGGCGAUGUUCUCGACGACUUCGAGCCAACCUACUACCUCGACAUCAACUACCCCAAGUCGCACGAGACAGUGCUUCUAGGCAAUGACAUCCCUGUCGAGGCAGUCUCCAAGCGACCUGUGUUCACCUUCCAUUCUCUUGAACGUUCAUCUAUCACUACCAAAAACUCGACCUUUACUCUCGUCCUGACCGACCCCGAUGCAAAGUCAAGAGACCACCCAAUCUGGUCCGAGAUGUGCCAUUGGAUUGUGACGAACCUGACCACUCCCAUCCCCGAGCCUCCGACUCAUUUGCCCAAAGCUAAACAAGCCGAGUUAGAGGAAUAUCUUCCACCAAGCCCGCCACCGAAGACCGGAUCACAUCGAUAUGUGUUCGUCUUGUUGGAAGGAGACACGUCCAACCUGAAGGCACCAUCCGACAGGAAACAUUGGGGUUAUGAGAAACCUCGACAUGGCGUCAGGGAUUGGGCCGAGGAGAACGACUUGACCGUGGUAGGAGCCAACUUCUUCUUUGCCCAGAAUGAGAAGCAGUGA